UGCUUUCUCUCUCUCUCUCUCUCUCUUUACGUGAAAAGCAAACCAAUUAUGAUAAAUUAAAAAACCCUUUUCUAUUUGUUGCUAAUCAUUCCUGAUCUUUCAAUAAAAGGCUUAUUCUUUCUUCCCCUCUCUCUGUCUUUCUCUGUCUUUCACUCAAAUUUAUGUUGGUUGAGUGAGAGUUUUGGAGGGAGAGUUGAGGUUUCUUUUUUCGUUUCUUUUUUCUUUACUUAACUUUAAAACUCUCUCUCUUCUGUGUUGAGUUGUAUGCGCAUAGAGCUGGAGAGACUUGGUUAAAUAUCAUCUUCUGGAAAAAUAAUUUCUGGGUUUUGCUAGGUUUCUAAUUUUGUAGACGCUUUUGUGAUCAAAAUGUUUUCUUGUGAGUGCUUCUACUGGAACCGGCUCACUGAGUUUGAUUACAACUCGUCCGAGCCAGAGCCUUUCUCUUUGCCUAACCCACUUCCAAAGUGGCCACCAGGCCGAGGUUUUGGUACUGGAAGAAUACACUUAGGAGAGUUGGAAGUUUUCCAAGUUACUGAGUUUGAGAGCAUUUGGAGCUGCAAUCUAUUGCAUGGAAAAGCAAAAGGUGUCACAUUUUAUAAACCUGUAGGAAUCCCAGAUGGCUUUUACUGUCUUGGUCACUAUUGCCAGCCCAACGAUCAGCCUUUGAGAGGGUCUCUUCUUGUGGCUCAUGAUGCUGCUGCCUCUAAGACGGAAGCUGGUUAUUUGGAUAAUUCACUACUAGAUCUUCCAGCUCUAAGUAAGCCUGUUAACUACUCAUUAAUUUGGACUACGGAUCCACAAUAUGGUCAUUGUGGUUACUUUUGGCUACCAAACCCACCAGUUGGUUAUAAGGCUAUGGGCAUUGUGGUUACCAACACGCCAGAGGAGCCUGAGCAUGAGGAAGUUAGGUGUGUCAGGGAAGAUCUUACAGACAGUUGUGAAACUUGUGAUGUGAUACUUAGCAUGGAUUCAAAUUAUUCCAAGUUCCCGUUUCAAGUCUGGAGCCAUAGACCCUGCAUAAGAGGAAUGUUUGCUGGAGGUAUUUCUGUCGGGACAUUCUAUUGUGGUACCUACUUAAGGUCUGAAGAACAGCUAGAUAUUGCUUGUUUGAAGAAUCUUGACCCCACACUGCAUGCAAUGCCAAAUUUGAACCAGAUUCAUGCACUCAUCAAGCACUAUGGACCAACUGUGUUCUUUCAUCCUGAUGAGGAGUAUAUGCCCUCAUCAGUACUGUGGUUUUUCAAAAAUGGAGCAGUCUUAUACCAAGAUGGGAAGAAGAAAGGCGAACCAAUUGAUUAUAGGGGCUCAAACUUGCCUUGUGGUGGGGAAAAUGAUGGUGCAUUUUGGAUAGAUUUACCAGAGGAAGAUGAAGCAAGUAAUUAUCUCAAGAAGGGAAACUUAGAGAGCGCGGAACUUUAUGUUCAUGUCAAACCAAUAUUAGGAGGAACAUUUACGGAUAUAGCAAUGUGGGUCUUUUGCCCCUUCAAUGGACCAGCCACCCUCAAAAUUGGGUUAAUGACUAUUGAAAUGACCAAGAUAGGGGAACAUGUGAGUGACUGGGAACACUUCACCCUUCGCGUGAACAACUUCUCUGGAGAACUCUGGAAAGUGUACUUUUCAGAGCACAGUGGCGGUGGAUGGGUGGAUGCUUUUAACUUGGAGUUUAUUGAAGGGAAUAAACCAAUUGUGUAUUCAUCUAAACAUGGGCAUGCUAGUUUUCCACAUCCUGGAACAUACAUUCAAGGGUCAUCGAAGCUAGGGAUAGGAGCGAAGAAUGAUUGUGCUCGAAGUAAAUUUUCAAUCGAUUCAAGCGCUAAGUAUCAGAUUAUUGCAGCUGAGUAUCUUGGGGAUGGAGCUGUCACUGAACCAUGUUGGUUACAGUAUAUGAGAGAGUGGGGUCCAACCAUUGUGUAUGAUUCACGAUCUGAGCUGGAUAAGAUAAUCAAUCUUCUUCCAUUUUUUGUUCGAUUUUCAGUGGAAAACCUCUUUGACUUGUUUCCUACGGAGCUUUAUGGUGAGGAAGGACCAACUGGACCGAAAGAGAAGGAUAAUUGGGUGGGUGAUGAAAGAUGGUAGCACUUUCAUCGUGCAUACAAUCAAUGCUCUCAUGUUUGAGGACCUUUCUCACGUUUCUGUAUAUCGUAAUUCUGUACAAGGGUUAGGCCUAGCUAUACAGUUUGUUUCAGUCUGGGUCGUCGUCUAGAACAUUGCACUGAGCGCAAUGUGGAGGGUGCUUUUCGUUUAGACGAGUAAGAAGAUUGUUACUGUUAUAAUCUAAGGUGUCUGUAGACCAGAACACAAACUGGCAACAAUUACAUCGGUAGCAGGUGCUUCCCUUAAACAUUUGGCCGUCGACUUCUGGAUGAAAGAAUCUUCUGUUACAUUUGUGCGAACGGGAGGAUGUUGAUUGGAAGAAUUAAACCUUGGCAGGGGUCGGAGUUCAGUGCUGGUAUAGAAUUUGCAGGUGAAUUGAAGACAUUAAACAGAGUGCAUUAUCAAAGAUACGAAUGCUCUCUCCCUCAAUUUGUCAAAUGCAGUCUGCAUCUGUCUCACUGUAUAAAAUUUGUUUGCUCUGCAGUCCUUUAUCUGAUUCUGUACAUAAAAAUGUUGGUCAAGUAAUAUGUACUAUGAAUAUGAGU